UGAAUUUUAUAAGGGGGACCUUCCGCUAUCUUCCCCGGACCGUUAUCAUUCUCCAUCAUUCAUAUUCAUCCAUCGCUAGCACCUCCCCACCAUCAUCACUCGCUCCUUCCUUCCACCACUUCCCACUCCCCAUUCCACUCGUUCUCGAGCUCUCCAGAUCUUGUCUCUUCCCGCAGCCAUGGCAGAGAAGGUGACCAGAAUGUUGAUAAAGGUGGAUCUGCAGUGCUGUCGCUGCUACAAGAAGAUCAAGAAAAUACUCUGUAAAUUUCCUCAAAUCCGAGACCAGAUAUACGAUGAGAAGCAGAACGCGGUGUUGAUCACCGUCGUGUGCUGCAGCCCGGAGAAGAUCCGGCAGAAGAUCAUCUGCAAGGGCGGCGAGACGGUGCAGAGCGUGGAGAUCCUGCCCGACAAGAAGCCAGAGAAGCCCAAGGAGCCGGAGAAGAAGCCCGACAAGCCGAAGGAGCCGGAGAAGCCCAAGGAGUCCGAGAAGAAACCCGAGAAGCCAAAGGAGCAAGAGAAGCCCAAAGAGCCUCCGAAAGAACCCGCUAAGCCACCGGCUCCGGCUCCGCCGGCUCCAAAGCCGCCGCCCCCGAAGGGGCCAGAGCCAGUGCCGGGCUACCCGCCGGGGCCAAUGUAUCCGAUGGUGGGGUUCUGCUGGUGUCCAUGCUAUGAAGGGUAUGGUGGGGGACCAUGUUAUUGUCACGGGCAUGGGAGGCCGGCACUGUGCUACGACGGAUGCGGAAGGCCGGCUUACGAGUGCCAUGGUGGGAGCAGGGGUUAUUACGUGAGCCGAUGUGAUUACUUUAGUGAAGAAAAUCCGACCGGGUGCACUGUCAUGUGAUCGAUCUCAAAUUUUCUCGCGUCGGCUAUCUUAUGUGGCAAUUCGGUGAAAGAUAACAUUAUAAGUCAAUUUUUGAGGGCUAUCUUUGGAGUCUCUGUCUUUGUGGGUAUAGAAAGAUUGUUGAGGUUGGUGGUCUGGUAUAGUGUGUGGAGGUAUAUGUGGUCAAAUAAUUGUUCAACACAUGACUCGUUACUUGUCGAUUUCUCAAUUCCAAUAAAAACCUUAGUCCUUUUCAUGUCUCGUCCCACGUUCGUGUCUUUGGCUCGCCCCCUGAUGAUGAUUCAUUCCGUGAUAGAACAGGU